GCGAGCCGAGGCUCGGCUCUCCUGCUUUUCGGAAAGACCCAACUCGAGCGAAGUUUCCCAAUCCGAGGAGCCGCACGGGAACUCGCGAGGGCCGGCGCAGGUAGGCGGCUGCGGCUGCUAAACCUGUCGGAGGCGCUUUCCAGAUGAAGACCUUCUUGACGUAAACACCUAUCACAUGACAUCUGUAUGAUGAACACCAUCCAGGAAUACAAAGUCCUCUUAAGAGACUCUUGGCUAUCGAAGUAUAGCUUGCUCAAACGCUGCAACAGAAUUUAGAUAUUAUUUUUUUUUAAAAAAAGAAGUUGCAUUUGCUGCGGUGGCCCUUCUCCUUCAUAGACCUACAAGCGCUGGCCUUGCCGGUAAAGAUUUUUAGACUGCUUUUUCUUCUUGGCGCUAAACUGACAAGAUGAUCGACUUGAGUUUCCUUACGGAUGAAGAGCAGGAGUCGAUUUUGAAAGUGUUGCAGCGGGAUGCGGACUUAAAGAAGAUUGAAGAGGAGAGAAUCAGGAAUUUACCUGAAAAAGUAAAGAACGAUGCCCAGGUCAAGAAUAUGAGCGGGCAGUGGUUUUAUGAAGCCAAGUCAAAGAGACACAAAGAGAAAAUACAGGGAGCUGAUAUUAUCCGAGCAUCAAUAAGAAGGAAGCCCUUGACAAUAGCUGAGCUGAGUCAGAGUAAGUUGGGCAAUGCCAAAAGCAGCUGGGUGAACAAUGUCAACAAAGAGAUCUUUGUGUCACCAGAACAGUUGGGUGUCAUACAAGAUAAGGAAGACGAGUCCAAAUCUAACCACAGUCCUAAAAUGUCCAAUACAUUACAGAAACCCCAGGAAGGAACAAGGAAGCCAGCUCUUUCACCAUCUAAGCAAAGGAAAAAUCCGUUUAAUGACUCAUCUGGACCAGAAGAUAAUGCCAAAACUGAGUACUCGGAAAAUGGAAUGGUUAAUUCAUCGGAAACCACAGAGGAAGAAAACCAACGCAGAGCAAAUUUACCGAACUACAGCAGAGCAGAAGCAUCGGCACAACCUUCUGUAGAGUUUAGGCAGACGGGAAAACUGCCUGUACCCAAAGCGAGGAAGAAUGUCCACAAGACCUCAGAUGCCAACUUGCAGAAUAAAGAUUCCUUAUCUAAAGCAUCUAAAAGGAUCAAGCAGGUCAAUAGCCAAGGAAGGCCGCCCAAGAGCAUCCUCAAACGAAGCUCAAGUUCAAGUUCCACAGAUUCUGAAGUGUUGCGUCUUAGUCAAACCUUGGAACCGUCUAACAAAAGUGGGCUGCCAACCUCCACCAUCCUUGAAGAUGUUGCAGAGAAGAGCUGUCCCUCAGGAGAAGACUAUUCUCAAAACUCACUGGACAGACUAAAGCAGGUCAGGUUCUCCUCCAGUGUAAGUAAGAAUGAACGUCCACCAAACCUUGAGUUGCACGAGGGCAAAGAACUUGGGGAGUUCAACUUGCUAGAUACCAACUCCACUAAAGCCGGUGAGAAUGAAGUAAAUUAUUUGGACAGUCCAUCUUUUCCAGCAAAGCCAGCACGGUCCUAUUCACCAGCUUUAGAUGGUAACGUGAAGGAUGGACAAGAAUCUCGAGACGGAAAAACACGUUCAGGUUCUUACAGCUUGAAUGACUCAAAUCUGCCAUCGUUGGUGAAAAGUCCUCCUGCAGAAGCUGCACUUCCAGGGGAACCAUCCAGGCAGAUGGGUCCCAGCACCAUGGACAAUGAAACUCUUCCAAGCGUGACUCAGCCCAAAACUAAGCAGCUGAAUCCUGAGCCUUGUGACGCCACACAAGGCAGCACUGGCCAGGAGUUGCGUUUGGCUGAGGCAGAGGAAGCUGAGUUGUCAAACACCGGCUGUGCAGACCUUAAACAAGGUAAGCCUGAUCUUGUGGGUCGCAGUGUUGACAAACAUGCUGCUGAAAAUUUGAAGGCCGCUGAUGAAUCCAUAUCCAAAGUGCUAGACUGGUUCAAAAGAAGUUCCAGUACUGCUGAUAAAGAAACAGUUUUGAUAACGCCUCAGCAAAGGCAAUUUACAGAGGAGAUGGACGCCCCAAAGUCAGUGAAAUUGUCUGCAAUUGGAGAAGAUAAGGAGUCAAAUACAGAGCUGUUAAAUCUGAAAUCCUCUCUGUAUGAAAGAGGAGAGUCAACGAGCAAAGACUCAAGGUUCCAGGAUAUCUUAAAGCAACCAGAACAAUUAUCAUUUUCAAAAAGCGAAAGUCCAAGUGAAGUGGUCCUAGGUGACCAAGCUCCUUUGAAUCGAAGCAAAGAAAACGUGAAUGCAGCUUCUCACAAUAUUCAUAUCAAUAAGAGAACCCGUUUCCAGACCAUUGAUCAGAGCGAGGACAAAAUGGACGAAAGCAACCGAAAAGACAUAUGUGAAGUUGCUUUUGAAGACAAAACAUAUAUGGAUUUGAAGAACUCUGAGGCUUCUUUCCGAAGUGGAGUGAAAAGAGAAACCAGUUCACAGAUAUACACUGAUGGAGAGAGAGAUGUUAAAUCUUUCUUGGAAGAAGAAAACAGUGAGCUUAAAUCUGGAGAAACUCUAAAAGAUCCUGAAGGAAAGGACUGUAAUUUUCAAGACACCGAAAAUAAGCCCCACGCCAACAAUAGAAGUAACCUGGUCCUGCAACAACAUGAGUUAAGACAACCAUCGGUGAUAGGAGAUAAGAAAAGAGUCAAGGAUAUGAAGGCUUUCUGGGAAGGUGGGAAGGUGACUCCAGAGCUUGGAAAUAAGGAAGUUCUUACAAAUGAAAAUAUGUCUAGUAAUACACAAGAAUACGGUAGGAUAAAACCAGUGAGCGGAUCUUCUGGAUAUGUAACAAGUGAAUCUGACAAUGAACAAAGCAAAUAUAAUUUAGUUACCUUCAGAAAAGUUGAGCUAAGUGAGGAGGAGUCUGAGAUGAAAGGUGAUGAUGUUACGUGUUCAGGAACGAGCAGGCCCAUCCAAGGAGAUAAAUGUACAGAAAACCAAGAUAUUAAUAUAUCUAACGAAGUACUUUCGAAUGACCAGAAAAAUGCUAACAUUAUAGGAGUGUUGAAUGAGAGCAAUUUGCAGCCGAGUUACAGAGUGAUGGCAUCUCCUAAAGAAAGUGAAAGGCCAAAAGCCACUGUUUUAGAAAAAGGGACUCUUCAGCCAAAGUCUCCUUUUAAGAUUCAUUCAUUGAAAGAAAAAAUGGAUGAAGAAUCCAGGUCUCAAAUGCUCAACCCUUCCCAAUUCCAGAGCCUGAGAAACUUUUGGGAUAUGGGGACUAAACCACAGAGCAAAACUGAUGAGACCAUCCCACAGACACAUAGGAGUAGCAGCACUGGAAGUUGCACGAAAGAGUUACAAGAAAGAAUUGGAAGUAGCCAAGCCAUUUUGGAUGAUGGAAGAUCUGGUUUUUCUCUUCAAGAAGAGGAAAUGAAGAAACCCACUGCUAAUACUUCACACCAAAGUCCUUUAGCAGAAGCCAUGUUUUCCCCAUCAGCAACUACAGUACCCAUGCAUUUAGAUUAUGCCCUAACAAGGGACGAUGACUCAUCUCCUGUGCUUCCAGGAAAGGAACAUGCAGGAAUAAAAGAAAUUUCACCGGAAAUACAGCAUAAUAAGGUUGUUAACAGUGGUUUUCAACCAACAGCAUUGGUGGAAGAGUUCCAGGAGUCCUCUUGUCCACCAAUACAUGACAAAGGGAUUCCAUGUGUAGAGUUAGUAGGAAAGGGUCAAAUGGCUCCCAAUGAUCAGAUUCAAGAACCUAGUUUUGUCCCUUUAGGCACAAAUGGAAAAGCUGGUCUUAAAACAAGUGAGGUCGUAGAGAUUGUAAGUAGGACUUUGGUCCCACCAAAAGCUGCUGGUGCUGAUGCUUUUAGUACGAGUUUGGAGAAAUUGCUUAAGGAAACUUCUGAUCUACAGGCCUCUCUCAGGCAUCAUAUCAUAAUGGAUGUUUCUGAACCAGCAGACCUUACAUCAGAAAAAAGGGAUUUUUUUAAUAAGGUGAUGGAGCGCAGCCAUCAUUCUUAUCCCAGUGAUCCAGAAGAGAGCAGAGAGGGGUCUCAAACAGAAGGAACUAUGGAAAAACAUCACUUACUCCAAACUCAGCCUGUGGAGUUCACAACCAGCAUGGGAAGUUUGCCUAGAUCGUUGGAAGAAUUAAAACCCGUGCCUGUGAAAGUCUCUAACAAAGAGGAUGGGCAAAUGUAUUUCAGUGAUAAUCGUGCUUGGGAAAAGAACUUGCUGAUUCCAUCCCUAGAGCUCAUACAACCUGAUACCUGUGGUGCAGCUCAGAACAGAACAGACUCUCCUGAAGAAGAUGUUUUGGAGACGGUAUCCAAAAAUAACGUCCCACCAAACAGAAAAUGCAGCGAUUUGAACGCUAAACUCAUCCAUCUGUUGAAAGAAUCGGCAACAUGGCCCAGGACCCAGGACAUUUUGGAAACAUCAUUUGAUGAUGUUCCUAAAGAGAAUCAACAAAAAUCGUAUCAACAAAUGAAUGAAAAGAAAGACUUUGCUUCACUCCAAACAUCCAAUCAUUUGAGAGAGGCUGUGGGUGAGACUGCUAAGGAAAACAAAGAUACCAACAAAGACGGUAGAGUGCUGAUUGUCAUGCAAGAUGGCACAACGGAAGUAACUAAACAAUAUGCAGAUCCUAAGGAGAGAAUCCAGGGUGAAUUAGCUGGGAAGCAGCCUGUGGACACGAUGGAAACAGUUGUGAAAACUAUGAAACCAAAAUCAUACGAUCCUGCAGCAUUUAGAGCCAAUUUAAAACAAAUACUUGACGAAGAUUCAACAGGGUUACUUGGAGACAUAAAAAUUCCUAAACUGACACAUUCCUCAUUACAGCCUGAUCAGUCUGUGAGCUCAGCUUGUGCCAAAGAUACAUGGAAUAGUCAGGAAGUAAUUGAAAGAGUAGAAAAAUCUACUGUUCCUUCUAAUUCCAGACAGGUUGAAUUCAAAGCCCGUUUCCAAACGUUACUCAAGGAAAACCCUGAAAUCUUACCAUGUAGCCAGAAAAUCACAGAGAACAGCAACGGGAUGCAAAUAAACAAAAAGUCUACUGAGAACAUAGGUUUUAUCAGUUCACAGGAAACAGACUGUGGUCAAGAAGUUAAUGAAACUGCAAACAACAUUAGCGCACUACCCAGAUUUCAGCCAAGAGAAUUUAAUUCUAGCUUACAGAAAUUACUUAAGGAAGCUGCCCAGACACCACCUUCUCAACGUUUAAACCUUCCUCAAGAAGAAACUAUAAUGAAAUCUGUUGUUCCGGCAAAAGAUGGUCAGGCAUUAAAAUCUAAUUUAGAAAAAUUAAUUUCGGAACAUUUGGAUCCUGCUUCUCGGCCACCCACAGUCGACUGCCAGAAAGUCACCAGCGAUUCAACAUCUAAUUUAGAUGAACAAAGGUCACCUGUAGAAAUGUCGAGGGAUUAUCGUAGUGAACUUAAAAUCCCACUUACAGAGAAGGCUUCCAAGCAAACUGACGAAGGAGCAAAGCUUUCAGAGGACAUGGCCUUCCAAAAAAUAAUCCAUCUUAGUCUAGCAUCUUCAGAAACCCCAUGUCUGGAAAAAGAUAAGGAUUUUUCUUCCACAGCCGAUAAGGCAGAGGACAGAAGUAUUCAAGGGAAAGAAGCAGAGUUUUCCACUUCAUUAAUUGAUGCCAACAGAAGCCUGAUGGUGGAGCGUGGAUUGCAAAGGUCAAGCACCCCCCUUGCUGGAAGUCCUAUCCAAAGUGGGGAAGUGGAGCUUUAUCAUGCCGCCCCUCCUGCUGGCGAUGGCCAUGAUGUUGAUGGAGAUGCCAAGAAUUGUGAAUCAGAUUUUUCGGACGGAAAUAAAUCCGUUCUGGGAAGCCAAAGAGAUCCAAUAUGUUCGGAGGAAGAGUUGAACCCCGUUAUGAAGGCUCUGAAAAGGAAUUCAAAUAGGCAAAUUCCUUCCAAAAGUGUAGAGGACAUACCAUCAGCCACCUCAAAUAAAGAAAAAAUAAACCUUGCCAGGGAAGACUUAGUGCUUAGUGCUGAAGAUGAUCACCCAAUUGAGCUCAGGGACAACGCAGCAGGAAUUUCCACAGCACCUUCUUUCUCUGACAGUCAGUUUUCGCGUCCGGAAAAAAUUAAGAUGAUGAGCAAAUCGGUCCCAGCAUUUCUUCAGGAUGAGAGCGAUGACAGAGAGACAGAUACAGCAUCAGAGAGCAGUUACCUACACGGGAGAAUCACAAAGAGCCCGAGUUCGUUAACCAAUCUUAGCGGCUCUUCUGGCUUGGCAUCCCUGUCUUCUGUGAGCACCAGUGUGAUGAGCGUGUAUAGUGGAGAUUUUGGCAACGUGGACGUGAAGGGGAAUCUCCAGUUUGCCAUUGACUAUGUGGAACAGUUGAAGGAGUUCCAUAUUUUUAUUGCCCAGGGCAAGGAUUUGGCAAUUGCAGACAUGAAAAGGCAACGAUCAGAUCCUUAUGUGAAGAGUUACCUGCUACCAGAAAAACAUAAACUGGGCAAAAGAAAGACCUCUGUGAAGAAGAAGACACUGAAUCCAGUCUACAAUGAGAUAUUACGGUAUAAAAUUGACAAAGCCAUUUUGGAGAGUCAAAGCUUGAAUGUCUCCGUUUGGCAUCACGAUACUUUUGGGCGCAAUAGUUUCCUGGGUGAAGUGGAGCUGGAUUUGGCCAACUGGGACUGGAGUGACAAUCAGAACAAACAAAUGAUCUGGUAUCCAUUGAAACCAAGGACACCCUUAAAAGGAUUAGAUCUUGAAAACAGAGGGGAGAUAAAGAUUGCUCUCCAGUAUGUCCCACAGCCUGUUGGAGGCAAAAAGACUUCAGCUACCGGCGAAGUUCACAUUUGGGUGAAACAGUGCAAUGACCUGCCUAUGCUCAGAGGCCCAAAACUCAAUUCUUUUGUGAAGUGUACCGUUCUUCCGGAUACAAGUCGAAAGAGCCGUCAGAAAACCAGAGCCGUUGCGAAGACGACAGAUCCGAUCUUCAACCACACCAUGGUUUACGAUGGCUUCCGACCGAAAGACUUGAAAGAAGCAUGCGUGGAACUUACUGUCUGGGAUCAUAAUAAACUUGCCAACCAUUUCCUGGGAGGACUUAGAAUAGGACUUGGAACAGGCAAAAGCUAUGGCGUUCCAGUGGAUUGGAUGGAUUCUACAUUAGAUGAAGCCAACCUAUGGGAAAGAAUGAUCAACUCUCCCAACACUUGGGUGGAAGAUACUCUGCCACUCCGAAUGCUGAUGGUGGCAAAAAUGACAAAGUAGAAACAAUGCAGUAAUCAGUUGCUUCCAGUUGAUAUGAUUUGCUGGAGUAUGAUGGCGAGAAGAGCCAGAAAGAUACAGAGAUAAACAUCAAGGGGACCAAUUUUUUCAUCAGGUGUAAAUUUCGGCAGAAAGCAUCUUUAUGCUGUGUAUAACCUGACCUUGUUUUUGCUGGACACCACAAAACAUGCUUAUCAAUUGGUACUGAGUUUUGAAUUAAACUCUUUUAAUCUUUAAUAAACACUGUAUGUAUUAAAACAGGAAAUGUAUUUAAAAUA